AUGGAGUUGGGGCCGGGACACCGCAGUGGCAAGCAGAAUCUAAACAACAGCAGCGGGAGAGGCCCCGUCAGCUGGGCUGGGGAGGACCAGCUCUGCGGACGUGGAGGCAGGUCCCAAGCAGUGGGCUGUGAGGAUGUGAGCAGAGGAGGCCCAGUGCCAUGGAGGCUGGGCCUCGCAGGGGAAGCUGGAGGAAGGCACAUGAGACGACCGGAUGGGCCAGGAGCACAGAUGGGAGGGCUGACCCGGGACUUGUCUGGGAACCCGAUGCAGAACGAGAAGACCAAGGAGACAGCAGGACUCUCUGAGCUCCACUCUCAGGAAUAA